AUGUCCUUCGCCAAAGGCUGUCUUACAUACAUUCUGGUCUCGUUACUCAUACUAUCGCUUCUAUUGAACUUUUUUCUCACUAUAAAGCAUUCAAGAAAGGAGACGAAACGAGCCGAAUCCAAACCAUCAUUUAUUGAUAAAUCGGAAAAUGAAACACUUCCACCUUCUUCACGUGAAGAAGAAUUAAUCGACCAUUCUGAUAAGCUAUCAUCAUCAUCGGCACUACUUAUUAAUAAUACAAAUAAUACAACAACCAAUAGAACAACAAAGUGUCCCACUCGCUUCGGAAACUUUAUGAAACCUGAAGUAUUUGAACAAGAGAAGAAGAGAAAGAGGCUACCACCCAAUGAAUCACCCAUCGUAACACUACCAACCUUUAUUCCGAUGGAAGUUAAGAAGGAUAAAAAGAGGUAUGCCAUUCUGAAUGAAUAUUGGAUACCUAAGGAUGAAGAGUUUGAUUUGAUUGUAUUAAUGCCAACUAUGGCUCGUAAAGAUAAUGGAACUGAUACACUACUCACCUAUUUGAAUAGUACAAUUUAUGGAUAUUAUCAUCAGUUGAGGGUUGAGCCAGAUCCCAUCAUUCAGGGAAAGAAAAUUCUAUUCAUUAUUCAAGCAUUUGUCAAUGAGAUGGAACAUGAAUUAUUUUAUGAACUUAGGGAACAGUAUAGUCAUGUGAAGGAGUUUGUGUUUUUUGUUCCACCUUUCAGAUUUACUGAUCCAUAUAGAGAUGUUCCAAAAGUUAACUAUAGAGAUCCAAAUAAUCCAUAUCCUGGAAAGAUGGCUCGACAACAAACGUGUGAUAUUGCCUUUCUGACAGAUUUCAUUUUGAGAAAUUUCAAAUUCAAAUAUUUAAUGUAUACAGAGGAUGAUUUUGUUCCAUGCAAUAACCUUUUAAAAACCACAUUCGAAACUUUAAAUGAUAUUGAAUGGUUCUAUUCUGAAGAGAAUGCGGAUAGACAAGAGUUUGAUAAGGGAUUCUGUUCAUUGAAAUUGGCAACAGGAUUGGGAGGAUUAAUUCUCAGCCCAGUUUCUGCUGAAAUUUUUCUGAAACACAUUAAGGAUAACAUUCAAUUAGAACCAAUUGACAUUCUCGUUAUAUUUGUACUUUAUAGCAGAGAAAUGACAUCAUCAUAUGAUACCUGUGUGAGAAGGGGUCUCAGCUCCUAUGUCUAUCGUAAAAGUCAAUUGGAACACAUUGGAGGAAUUAGUAAUUGGGUCGAGAGAAAUAAUCAUUCCAAGUUUGGUAAUCGUUUAUACUCUUGUGGAUGGGGUUUGGAAGGAGGUGUCUUAUGGGAUGUUGGACAUGCCAAUAAGUUUAACCCAACUCACAGAAAAUGUCCAAGGAAUAAUCGAAAGCUAGUACCAUGUGUUUAGUUAGAGCUGUUCUCAAAUCUUUAAGAAAUCUUAAUAAAACACAAACGAACAAAACACGAACAUUGUACCAAUUUC